CGUGAUCCAACUCAAAUUUCUUGUCGAAAGGAGCGCGUCAGUAGCUUCAGGCAAGUGCAUGAAGAUUCAGACCCUGACUCUCUCUCUUGGUCCCAUGACAUUUGCCCAGGAGAUCCAGCCACACGGCCGCUGACAGGUCGAUGAAUGCAAUGUGUUACGAGCACCAUUGACGUUUUUGUGCUUGUGCGUCGGUGGGUGUCUGCAGGUGUGUGUCUUUCUGACUAGAACGAACAGUCUGCGGCACUCGAGGCGAGUGGCCGAAUGAUGGAACAGACUGAGGGUCAGCAACACCCCAAUACGGCUCUCGCAGGCUCCGUUCAGAGUGGCGCCGGCAUACGCAUCGACGUCCAGCCACCCGCCAGACAGUCCAGGACACAUCGGCGGAGCGAUGGUGGUCACCGCCCAAAGCCAUCUGGGAGUCGGCUGAGGACGUGGCUUGUGUCUGGCGGGAUGGUUGGGCUGUUCUUUCUGCUGGUGUGGUUGGCGGUGUGUCUGUGGGUGUGGCUUGGCAUCCAAAAUGGGCAGCCGGGAGGGGGCGGGACGGUGUAUGACUACGGCAUGUGCAUCGACGCCGGCUCACAUGGCUCACGCAUACACGUCUACAGGUGAGGACACCGUCACCCACACAUGCAUGAUCAUAUGUAUGUAUGCAUCUGUAGACGUGUGUGUGCUGUCUUGUGGCCUCUGCGUUCCUGCAGGUGGCCGGAGAGGCUGUAUGACCCUCGCUUUCCUCUCACUGGUAAGUAUGUAUGUGGGGUGGGCAUACAAGAGGCAACACAACCAUCAUGGGAGGCAUUCGUCUGCUAUGUAUGGGGGGUUGUGUGUGGUGUACUUAGGUCCUGUAACAUUUCCUGAGCACAUGGGUGCGUACAAGAUCAAGCCUGGCAUCAGCAGCUACACAAAUGACCUCGACAAACUCGGGUCGGUCCAUGCAGGCACACACGCACAUGAGCAUGUGUGCGUGUAUGUGUAGGUCGGCUCUGCAGGAGCUGCUGGAGUACGCACAGGCGACUCUCGCUGCACACAAGGUGGGCCAUUCAAACGCACUCAUCAAUUACCGCAUGUGUGGAUGGGCAUCUGCUUCUUGUGUGUGUGUGUGUGUGUGUGGAUGGACUCAGGACCGUUGGUCGUCCUUUCCGCUGUAUCUCAAGGCGACGGCUGGCAUGCGUGACCUGCCGAUAAGGGACCGGGACACCAUUAUGAAUGCCAUACGAACAGUCUUCGCCAACACGGUCGGUCAAACCGUGUGUGCGGGUCGGUCAGUCACGUGUUGUGUGUCUGUGUGUCUGUGUUGUGUGCGUGUGCGUGUGUGUGUGUGUGUGUGGUGUGUGCAGACGUCCAAUCCCUUCCUGUUCCGGCCUGACGAUGCUCGCGUCAUCUCGGGUGUGUGCAUGAGUGGCAUGACGAUCGAUCCAAUGAAUUCACCGGUCUGCCUGUCUGUGUGUGUGUGUGUGAAGGGGAGGAGGAGGGUGUCUACGGAUGGCUGGCCGUCAACCACGCAAGGUCUGACACACCGAUGGAUAAAUGGACACACGUCCCGUGUGUGUCUUGAUUUGCUUUGAUGUGUGUGUGUGUGUGUGCGUGCAGUGAUCGAUUGAUCCAGGAGAGCUGCGCCACGGUGGGUUGCUACGGCGGCACCAUCGGUGCUCUCGACAUGGGCGGCGCCUCCACUCAAAUCACAUUCAUUCCCAAACACACAUCCAUCAUGGAGGUAAGCCACACACACUCACACACACACACCCCGACCAGUCGCCCGAAUGUGUGCGGUGUGUCUCGCCUGCAGGACAUGUUUCCUGUCCACUUGGGUUCUCACUACAUCCGGCUCUUCUCGCACUCAUUCCUUGGCUACGGAUACGCUGACGCACUGCAUGUACGCACACACCGACCGAAGGCCCACCCACACCAACACAACGGUGUUCCCUGUGUGUGUAUGUGUGCAGCGUGCGACAGGCAAGUGGGCGAUUCGGCACAUCACUGGGGCGGCACCCUCACUGGCCAUCGCCGAUGGGGUUGCUGGUGCUGAUGGUGGUGAUGGUGUGGGUGUGUGGCCAUCUGUUCUGGUCAAAACCAAGGCGAAGGAGAUCAGUGCAGACCACCCAUGCUAUCCCAAAGGUGAGAAUCACGCACACAGACACACACAUACAUGUCAUGCAGACAGUCACUUGGUUGAUUGCGCGUUGCGUUGGCUCUGUGUGUGUGUUUCAGGUCACCGGUUCAAGUGGGUUCAGGCAACCCUUCACGAUCCCGACUAUCACAUACAUUCGUCAGAGGGGCCAGACGCACACAACGCCACCGACGUCCGCUUCACCGGCACGGGCGACUUCAACAAAUGCCUCCUACUCACCAAACAGUAUGCUUCCUGGAAACCAUACACACCACAACAUCCAUCCAUCCAUCUGUGUGUGUGUGUGUGUGUGCAUGCAGGUUGUUCUACAGCGCUCCAUGUUUUGUCGGCUCCUGCAGCUUCAACGGCGUCUACACACCAAGAAUACUCGACACCACGUCAGCGUACAAGUGCAUGAACGCCCCCAUCGGUGCAGGGAGGUGUGUGUCUGUGUCUGUGGAUGACAGCUUCGUAGCAUUCGGUGCGUAUGCCGAUCUGUACAAGAUCAUGAAUCUGGGCGCAGGGGCAACACUCAUGCAGUGGGGCCAUGCCGCUGACGACGUAUACCAACACCACACCAACACACACUCACAGACUGGCAGACACGUGUGUAUGUGUGUGUGUCUGUGUAUAUAUCAGCUGUGUUCGCGGAGCAUCCCUGAGCUGCAGGAGCAGCUACCGGACCUCAGCCAGGCAACCACCAAAGACACACACGGCAACGCACCAAGGCGGCCUCUCAGACCCCUCCCUCCCUCCCUCCCUCUCUGUUGUCCGCGCCGCAGAAGGAUCUGAGUCUGCUGUGCUGGAAGGCCACAUGGAACUACGCAAGUCACUCAUCCAUCGCCUCUCUCCAUCCACACACACCCCCACACACAUCCCCUGUUUGUGUGUGUGUCAGUGUUGGUUCAGGGUUACGGCUUCCACCGCCACACGGCACAGAUCCAUUUCCAGGGCAUAUCGUCAAGCGGCGAUGAGAGCAUCAUGCCCGACGACGAGCUGCCGGAGGCCAGCUGGGCUACAGGAUCAAUGAUUUUCGAGGUAAGCUAUGCAAACACACACAGCUGACAUCCAUUGUUGUGUCUGUCUGGGUGUCUGCAUUGGAUUUGGACAGGUGAACUAUUACCCAUGGCGUGUGCCGGGCGAGCAGUGGCAGGCCCCUUUUUGGCUCUGCAUGGCCGCAGCUGUUUUCUUCGCCGCGCUCUCACUCAUUCUCGCCAUACAGGUGGGCCACACAGAUCUGAUCUACCUUCUCAAUGGGCUCUGCUGCCACUCCCUGUCUCUGUGUGUGUGCAUAGGUGUGCAACUAUCGCGCAGCUCAUGGGUACAGCAAGAUCCCCUACUCGCUGCUCAACUCCCACCCCCAGCCCUCACCCCUCCUCCUCUCCUCACACCACGCAUCCGCACCGCCCACCCCAGGACACAUGCACCACCACCACCACCAUGUGCAGCCGCAUGCACACCAUGCGGGGCCAACAGGGUUGUCUGCCGGCGACUCUUUUGAGGGCAGGAGUCUGCCAGUGGUGCCGGCCAAUCUGCCUGGGACGGUCACGGAGGGCUACAGGGCGCUUUAGUGGGGCCAUGGGGGGUGUUUGAUUUGCGUCACAUGGAUGGACGGCAUAUAAUGGUGGAUGGUGUUGGUGAGAUGGGCUAUGGUUUGUGUUUUCGGUCGUCGGACUUGUCGGCAAUCUUACUGUCUGAAGGGUGGCGAUGAGUGGGAAGGGGGUCAUGCAACGGAUUGAUUGCUGCGAGCAUUUAGUUAGGUCGAUGUACUUACAUAUGUUUGAGC